AUGGCUGACUUCGAGGAGCGGGUGUCGGAUGAAGAGAAGGUGCGUAUAGCUGCAAAAUUCAUCACUCAUGCCCCCCCUGGAGAGUUCAACGAGGUGUUCAAUGAUGUCCGGUUACUGCUCAACAAUGACAAUCUUCUCAGGGAAGGAGCAGCACAUGCUUUUGCACAGUACAACAUGGAUCAGUUCACUCCAGUGAAGAUAGAAGGGUAUGAUGAUCAGGUCUUAAUCACAGAACAUGGUGAUCUGGGCAAUGGCAGAUUUUUAGACCCAAGAAACAAACUUUCUUUCAAGUUUGAUCACUUAAGAAAAGAAGCAAGUGACCCCCAGCCCGAGGACACGGAGUCAGCCUUGAAGCAGUGGAGAGAUGCCUGUGACAGUGCCCUCAGGGCUUAUGUGAAGGAUCAUUACCCCAAUGGCUUCUGCACUGUUUAUGGUAAAUCUAUAGAUGGGCAGCAGACAAUUAUUGCCUGUAUUGAGAGCCACCAGUUCCAGCCCAAAAACUUCUGGAAUGGCCGUUGGAGAUCAGAAUGGAAGUUUACCAUCACACCACCCACAGCUCAAGUGGCUGCAGUGCUCAAAAUCCAGGUUCAUUAUUAUGAAGAUGGCAACGUUCAGCUGGUCAGUCAUAAAGACAUCCAGGACUCUGUACAGGUCUCAAGUGAUGUCCAGACAGCUAAGGAAUUUAUUAAGAUCAUAGAAAAUGCAGAAAAUGAGUACCAGACAGCCAUCAGUGAGAACUACCAGACCAUGUCAGACACCACCUUCAAAGCCUUACGCCGGCAGCUGCCUGUCACCCGCACCAAGAUUGAUUGGAACAAAAUCCUCAGCUACAAGAUUGGCAAGGAAAUGCAGAAUGCUUAGCAUGGGGAUGAGGAUGAGGAGAC